AUGUAUUCCACUUUGGAAGAAGGCUACUGGAUUAAUUUGUCCUUGGAUGAUAAAACCGCCAACAAGAUGUUAUGGAUUUCUGACAACGGCUCCAAAGCGUGUCGCAGGCUUGAUGAGGUGUGUCCAGUCCUGAACCGCCCAGAGAGAUACGAGUACUCGCCACAGGUAAGGUUGAAAACUGGCAUCUGGAACAUGAGGGCCUACUGGGAAGUGAACUACAUCGGCUGGGUCGUGAUCGGCGCCACCUAUAAGGGAGUGGGACGCAGGGCCAACUCCGGGCCGAGCGGCCUUGGGGAGAACGCGGAGUCGUGGGGUCUGUGCUGGGCGGGAACGCGCUACCAGAUCUGGAUUAACGGCAUGAACAAGGACAUCAACCAUGUCCCCUAUUGCUCCACCAUCGGGGUGUGCAUGGACCAGCCCGCCGGCAUCAUCAGCUUCUACGUGGUGAGUGGAGAGGGCGCCGACAGGGAGGUCAAGCUGCUCUACAGGGUCAAGACCAACAUCGAGAAGAAGAUUAUUCCUGGGUUCUGGAUGGGGAUCCAGUCUUCAUGCACGUUACUAAAGAAAGCAGAAUGA